UCCGUCUUUUUCUUAUCAAACGCAGGAGCUCUGUUUCAAUGGUACGUCUUCCAUGGCCUUUCCCUCUGCCAACCUCCUCAAGACUUCAACUUGUCACCACUUUCUCUUGCUUCAACCAUUUUCUCAUCCUUCCCAAUUCUCCUUUUUCAUUCCGGAACCACUUCGACUUGCAACCACGACCAAAUCUCUCUGCUAUUCUAAACGACAAGUCGUUCCAAGAUCAGCUCUUCGAGAAUGGAAGGAGUACGAGGAAGCAGUGAAGCGCAAGGACCUUGCUGGAGCUCUUAGGUUUUUGAAAUCCAUAGAAGACCUGCAGAGGCCAAUUGAACCUGUCAAUAAUGGGUCGUUUCCAGCUGAGUCAACCCGGUCUCGGCUCGGUGAGUUGGGGCCGUUGGGGAGGGAGAGGGAUUGGGAGGUAUUGGACACGUGUCUGAAUGCUGAUGAUUUGAAGCUUGUGGGGAAUGCUUAUGGGUUUCUCAAGGAAAGGGGGUUCUUGCCCAGUUUCGGAAAAUUCAGGAAUAUUGUUUUGGAGGGGCCAAGAAAUGUUACGCCAACUGUUUUGAAGGAUUCAACUGGUUUAGAAGUCACAAAAUUUGCUCCCAAAAAGUGGGGUCUUUCAGAAAGUUCUAGUCCUGUUUUGAUUGGAUUUCUUGGCGGGGCAUCUUUUCUUGUUUGGCAAGGUAUCGAUCUUAGACCUAACCUUGCUGUGAUAUUGGGGUUAGCGUUCAUAGAUUCUAUCUUCCUUGGUGGUUGUUGUUUGGCUCAAAUAUCAAGUUAUUGGCCUCCAAAUAGGCGCAGGAUCCUCAUUCAUGAAGCAGGGCAUCUCCUAAUAGCAUACUUAAUGGGCUGCCCAGUGCGUGGUGUGAUUUUAGACCCGAUCGUAGCAGUGCAAGUGGGCAUUCAAGGACAGGCAGGAACUCAAUUUUGGGAUGAGAAAAUGGCCAAUGAUCUUGCUGAAGGGCGAUUGGAUGGUAUUGCUUUUGACAGGUAUUGCAUGGUGCUCUUUGCUGGCAUUGCUGCUGAAGCUCUUAUUUAUGGUGAAGCAGAGGGCGGAGAAAAUGAUGAAAACCUGUUUAGGAGCACCUGUCUUCUUCUGCAGCCCCCAUUAUCUAUAGCUGAAAUGUCAAAUCAGGCUAGAUGGUCACUUCUACAAUCUUACAAUCUGCUCAAAUGGCAUAAACAUGCUCACCGAGCUGCUGUUAAAGCUCUGGAAAGUCGUAGCAGUCUAAGUGAUGUAAUUAGGAGAAUUGAGGAGGCAAUGGCAAAUAGUAAUUGAAUAGGAAAAGCUGCAAUAAGUUGGCAUUCUAUCCUGUUUUGAUCAUGAGCAAAAGAGAUCAAGAGUGCAGCUGGCGAUAUAUAGACUCCAUUCUUCACUGCUGGUUGCAUCAGCUGUCUUCACAAGGUGACAUGAUCGACUAUGCAUCUUGGAUCAAAUUUCCAGGAUCCAUAAUGAAGGCCGUAAUUAAUUACUUGUUGCUCCUCAAAGACACCUCAAGAACAGUCAAAUUAUAAGAACAAGAGGAUGACAGAUCACUACCAAGCAUUCCACUUUAAAGAGAUAAUUGGAAUAGUUGUUCACCAGCAUUUUCUGAUCUCGUAAGUUGUAUACGCAGUUCCUGAUUUUUAGGUUAAAAUUUGUGUACUAAACAGAAUCGUUGUUCUUAAAGUGCUGUGAAAUGUAAAUCAAGAAGAAAAUCUCUUUUCUUCCGUUUUAUGUAAUUGGUAAUUGUUGAUUUGUCUGUCAAAUAUUUGUGGUACUCUUGUUACUUUUGAAAUGCAUUAGGCAUCAUAUUUUAUGCUUU